GAGAGGGGAUGGAGAGAGAUGCAGGGAGAAAAGAUGGAGUUGCAGAGGGAAAGGAAAGCAGGAUUACUGGUGUGACAGCACAGGCAGAUGAGCGUCAGCGCAGCGGAGAGGGAGAAACUCUGCUGAAGGAAAAAAAAGAAGAAAAAACAAAUCAGUGCAACAGGAUGAGGACCUGCUAGUGCACAGCCUGCACGACCCCACAGACCUGCCAUCUGUCCUGCUUUUUUCUCUCUGUUCCUGACGCUUCCAGCAUCCUAUAACAUCUGGAUCACCUCACAUCCAUAUGGGAAGGAGGGCAGGAAGGGAGGAACAAACCUCAAUUUGAUCCCUUUCUUUUUGCUGCUAACGCAGGACCUGAGGAGGAGCAUCAGCAACUGGGGGCCUGAAAAGUGAAGCAAAGGAGGAGGAAAACUUUCUUCAAACAUGUUUAGGUUUGGACAGGACCUUUCCCCAUGCGUGUGGGAAAUUCUCCAACUUCCUAUGGAUUUUUUUUCUCUCUCUCUGAGGAGGGAGAGGUAGAAGAAGAAGGAGGAGGCUCCACCGUCAGCAGUGCUGGAGUGUUACAGAGGUUUGUGCUCCUGUCAUUGAGGAAACAUUUUAUCACUCUCCCUCCCUCUCUGCCUCUUUCACUCCUCCUCUCAUCCGAGCAGCGGGGAGCCUGACGGAUACAGACGGAAAACCAAACACAGCUGCUUCACACACACACACACACACGCACACACCCAUACACGCCCACACGCCGGCUGCUGUGCCAGGGCUCCCACACCUCCCUUUCCUUCUUUCACCCUCCGUCACUUUCCUCUCCAGUCCCGUUUUGAUGCCCUGUCUUCACCUCCACGACCACUUGUGAAUGUGAUGCACGCAGGAAAGCAGACGGGGAGCGGAGCGCCCAGACAGUUUCUUUUUUGGGGGAAAAAAAGACACACACCUACACUUGCCAUCACGUUGUGAAGUCCUUCAGGAGAGUGUGUGGAUAUCAAAGGCUGCUUUGCACACCCCUACACACGCACACACACGCGGAGGGACUGAUGAACUCACACUCUCCUGCUCUCGCUGAAAGACGUGGUCUAAAUGUGGACUCCUACAGGUGCUGAGAGGGGAGAGAGGGGCAGGUGAGGAGCAGGUGAAGGCAAAAGGAGACGCUUUGAGGAAAGAAAAAGAGAGAAUAAUAAUGGAGCAUCUGGAGUUUAAGUUGGAUGAGAGCAGAAAACAGAGGCAGUAGGCUGCCAACAUGGCCAUACCCAGGAGACCUCCUCCUCCUCACUCUCCUUGGCCUCCAGUGUUCCUGCUUGUCCUGCUCUUGCCCCCACUGCAGGCUCGGCCACUGCUUGUCCACUCGUCCAUUAACGUGGCGGUAGUGUUCAGUGGCUCCAGCUAUCAGAGCGAGGUCAGGGGUCGCCUUAGCGGGGAGAACUUCGUCGAUCUGCCAGUGGUAGUUAGCCCUGUGACCGUGCUCGUCAACGACACCAACCCCCGGGACCUGCUAACACAUCUCUGCGACACGAUGGCAACGGAGAAGCUGCAUGGGGUGGUGUUUGAGGAUGAUGUGGGCUCAGGUGCAGAUGCUCAGGUAGCAGAAGUGGCACAAAUCUUGGACUUCCUCUCCACACAGACAGCUCUGCCAAUUGUGGGCAUCAGUGGUGGCUCUGCAGUUGUUAUUCCAUACAAGGCUGAAGGAUCCUCCUUUCUACAGAUGGGAGCUUCUUUGGAGCAGCAGGUCAUCUGCAUGUUCAAGAUCUUGGAGGAGUAUGACUGGGCAGAGUUUGCUGUAAUCACCAGCUUGAUGCCGGGCUACGACACCUUUGUGGAUAUAGUUCAGUCCUACACAGACACAUCCUACUUUCUCUGGAAUCUGCAGGACAUCAUGUCUCUGGAAAUGUCGGUUGGUGCCAAUGAUUUGAAGACCAAACGCAUGCUGCAGCAGUUGGACUCCCAGGUCCUGUUGGCGUACUGCUCCCACGAGGAAGCGCAGUACCUUUUUCGUCUAGCAGGCGAGUUGGGUCUGCUGGGGCCCGGCUACAUCUGGAUCCUCCCCAGCCUUGCCGUAGGCAACCCCAACAGCCCCCCACCUGCCACCUUCCCUGUAGGUGUGAUCGGUGUGAUCACGGACCAGUGGAGGAAAAGCUUGCGGCAGAGAGUAAGGGAGGGUGUCGCCAUUGUAGCCAAAGGGGCAGAGAGUUUUAAGAAGGUUUAUGGUUUCAUUCCUGAAGGACAUGGAGAUUGCAGUAAACCAGCAAAACAGUCAGAGAACAACACCCUGUUCAGGCACAUGCUGAAUGUAACGUGGGAACAAAAAGACCUGUCAUUCAACAAUCAGGGCUUUCUAUCCAACCCUUCUAUGGUCAUCAUUACUUUGGACCGGGAGAGACUGUGGGACAAGGUGGGCACGUUUGCUCGCGGCAUCCUUCAGGUUCGCUACCCCAUCUGGCCGCGGUAUGGCAGCUUCCUGGAGCACAUAUCUGAUGACCGCCACCUGACGGUGGCCACCCUCGAGGAGCAUCCCUUUGUCAUGGUCGAGAACGUGGACCCGGGAACCGGCACAUGCGUCCGCAACACUGUGCCCUGCAGGCGUCAGUCCAAUCACACAGACAGCAGUGUCCAAUCCGAGUCCUACACCAAACUGUGCUGCAAAGGUUUCUGCAUAGAUAUCCUCAAGAAGCUAUCCAAAACAAUCAAGUUCUCCUUCGAUCUCUACCUGGUCACCAACGGAAAGCACGGCAAACUGGUGCAUGGGAUUUGGAAUGGGAUGAUUGGAGAGGUUUUCUACAGGCGUGCUGACAUGGCCAUCGGCUCUCUUACUAUCAACGAGGAGCGCUCUGAAAUCAUUGACUUCUCUGUACCGUUUGUGGAGACGGGAAUAAGUGUCAUGGUAGCGCGUAGCAAUGGCACGGUAUCGCCGUCUGCCUUUCUUGAGCCCUACAGUCCAGCAGUUUGGGUCAUGAUGUUUGUGAUGUGCCUGACCGUCGUGGCUGUGACUGUGUUUGUGUUUGAAUAUUUCAGCCCAGUGGGCUACAACCGCAGUCUGGUAAGCGCCAAAGCUCCGGGUGGGCCGACGUUCACGAUAGGGAAAUCAGUGUGGCUGCUAUGGGGAAUCGUCUUCAACAACUCCGUCCCCAUUGAAAACCCCAAAGGAACCACUAGUAAAAUCAUGGUCCUGGUCUGGGCCUUCUUCGCUGUCAUCUUCCUGGCUUCUUACACCGCCAACCUGGCUGCUUUCAUGAUCCAGGAACAAUAUAUUGACACCGUGUCUGGUCUUUCUGACAAGAAGUUUCAAAAACCACAGGAGCAUUAUCCUCCUUUUCGCUUCGGGACAGUUCCAAAUGGGAGCACAGAGAGGAACAUUCGCAGCAACUAUCCCGAUAUGCACACACACAUGAUGAAAUAUAACCAGAAGGGGGUGGAAGAAGCUCUAGAGAGCCUCAAAACUGGGAAACUAGAUGCCUUCAUCUAUGAUGCUGCUGUCUUGAACUACAUGGCGGGUAAAGAUGAGGGUUGCAAACUGGUAACCAUUGGCAGUGGGAAAGUGUUUGCCACCACAGGAUAUGGCAUUGCUUUGGAAAAAGACUCCCGCUGGAAACGACCAAUUGACUUGGCAUUGCUACAGUUUCUUGGAGAUGGAGACACAGAACGCCUGGAGACGGUUUGGCUUUCUGGUAUCUGCCAGAACGAGAAAAACGAGGUGAUGAGCAGCAAGUUGGACAUUGAUAACAUGGCUGGUGUCUUCUACAUGCUUCUGGUAGCUAUGGGCCUCAGUCUGCUGGUCUUCGCCUGGGAACACCUGCUGUAUUGGAAGUUGCGGCACUCUCUCCACAAGUCUCAUAAACUUGACUUCCUGUUGGCCAUAAGCAGGGGUAUUUACAGUUGCUUCAGAGGAGUAGAAGAUCCAGGACGUUCAUCUGGUUUGGCCAAACCUGAUCUGACCUCCAACUAUGCUCAAGCAAACAUGCUAAAAAUGCUUCGCACUGCCAAGGAUCUGGUCUCCACUGCGAAUGUUGAGAGCUCCCUGGACAAUGCUACCAAGACCAUAGAGCAAUUGACUCGUCAUGGUAGUAGUAUGCCUGUUCGUGUCCCUCAAGUCACCACUGAGGCCGUUCCGGGGGGAUUUGCUUAUGUUGCUGAAAAUCACUGCUCCAUUCCUCAGGGGUCCCUCACCCCACCUCUAACUGGUAUUACCUCUUUGAAACAACACAGGGGUGUAAGUAGACCAACACCACUGCGCUACACACUUCCAACUCGUUCAACAUCGUGUCUGUAUGACAGACCACUUCCUGUGUCCAGUUUGAGCACUCCUCACCUGCCUGUAGGGGAGAUGCUCCCUCAUCAGCACCCACACCACUACCAGACUACAGGGAGGGUUUAUGUAGACUCCCAUUCUCACUCCCCUUACAUUACCUACUCAGAACUCCAGCUACCUGACAUUUACACAUCUCAUCCAGUCUCUUUACCCCAAAACCAACAUAUUCAGUUGGGCCUUUCACAACCAAAAAGGAGGUCCAAGAGUUUUCAGUGUGAGAAUGGAGAAGUGGAAAGGAGAAAACAUGGGGAUCAGGGUAAGUGUGACAAAAGUACUAUCAGUCUGACUGAACUUAAAGCCAAUCACCUCCAAGAGAAUCAUAUCUCUGCCCCAAGUGUUGACAAUGUUUACUCAGGAGAGGGGAUGUGUCCCCGGGUGGAGAAUUAUAGCUCUUGGCCCCCAGAGGACCUUGUGCUGAGGGGCCGGCGGAGGCACCGCCGCCCCUCUUUUCUUAAAGCAACUUGGGGCAAUGACCAAAUUCAUCAUCUUGAUGAAUCACAGUCUUCUUUAUCCAGCCAAUCACCUUCAACCUUGCCGGACCUGUUUCCAUGCAUUGUUACUCCUACAACAUCUGCCAAGCCUUACAAUCCUGCCCAUGUUCGAAAUAACCUGUGCCUCCCAAGGAACCAGGCCUACCUCCAUAUAAGGGAGGACCAGAGGAGGCCAAAUGGACGAAAGGGCCAGAGACUGCGCUACUCCCAAUCCACCCACCUCCCAACAUACGGAGAAGCAGUUCGAAAUGGAAAUGGUUUAGGGCGGGGUAUGGUCCGCAGAGCCACAAGCCUGCUCAGCCGACAGUAUGCACACUAUCUGAACUCAUACCCCGGUCUCCCUAUCUAUCACAGUCCACUGGACCUCCAGCAUCACAGCCAGAGUUCCAGCCCAGUGUGCCAGCUGUUGGCCUGUGGUGGUGGACGAUGUGGGGGACAGCGGACACUGCUGUAUCAAGACAAUGUGUAUGGAGCUUAUGGGGCCUAUCAGGGACCCCAGCCUGGCUCAGAAGCCCAGAUAGGGCAAGGAGGAACAGGACAGCCUGUUGGGAGUCCUUGUGUACUUCGGUCUUGGCGACGAGUUUCCAGUCUAGAAUCUGAAGUCUGAUUGACAACCUUACUGGAUGAAAACUUUGGAGAUACAGAAGAUGAGAAUAAUAAAUGUUACAACUUUGGGAAGUUUUUUGUUGUUAGAUUUACAGUUAUGUUGAUUUUAAUUGCGUCAUUGUGUGGUAAAGAAUAGUAAUUCAGGUCAGACUCUUGAAAAAAGACUUUCACCAAUCUAUCCUUGAUAAAGUUGUGGAAAGCUGGGUUUGACUGAUUUAACUCAGUGGCUGCUUUCCCACAAAAGUGUUCAUCUUUCACAGGAGACCAUGUUAUUGACAAAUGGUUAAACUGUAACUUGAGAUUUAUUGCUGUGUGUGUGUUUAAAUUUUUAUUGUGUGGAUUGUUGGAAUUCAACAUUGAUUAUUGUCUGGUAGACAAACUGUUUACAUCUGGAAAGAAGCAUCGGAUAGGCAGCCAUCACUAGUCACUAGACAUCAAAGCUGUGAUGUAGAUGUGAAGUGUUUAUUUAUGACAUGAGUUUCAUCAGUACUGAUUUUUAAAAGGCACAAAAGUACACCAGUUUUCUGAAGCAAAUAUAAUCAGUCCAAGUCAUAAUGAUGAGUCACAGGAAGCAGCUACUUUGUGAAAGCAGUCCGCAACAACAUGAUCUGCAAAACGAUUGCCGGAUUAGAACAGCAUUGACCAGCACUAGGUGUCUUAACCCACGGAUUUCAUCCUCACUGUAUCUAAGUGUGAGGCUUCAACAGCACACAAGCCUCACGUUGAAUAAAUUAUGUAUUCUAAGUACUAUAAUCGCAUAGUCGAAUGUGUUAUUUGAGGCUGGUUAAUGUAAUAUUCAUGUAUUCCACAUAUAAGACUUUAUAAUCACCCUUUUUUUCUAAACACACCUCUGGCACAUAAAAAAAAAUCUGUUUAAAAACUGCUGUAAGUUUAUGGAAGCUUUUGGUACUACUUUAUUAAUAACAUCAGUUAACCAGUGAUCUUUUCCCCCUUUUCCACUCUUUUAUAUUUCCUCUUCAUUCCUCUUUUUACCAUCCACUCAAACUAUUUAUUAAAAAAAUGAGGCAAGUGAAAACGAUUAUAGUAUCUAUAUUACCAGGCUUCUACACCCUGUAAUUAUCCACAAAGACCAAUUAAAGAGUCUUUUUUGAUGAACAUAUGUGUGUCUUUUUUAUAGCCUUAAGCUUCUUUUCUAUGUAAAGUACAUGUAAAAAAAGAAAUAAUUGUUUUUUUUGUUUUUUGUUUUGUCUUUUCCUCUUGGGAGGCUUUUAAAAAUCUUGGUGGGAUUUUUCUCUUAGAAUGUUUUUCUUAAAUGUCACUUCUUUCAUGAUAAGUUGUUUGUAGGUGGACCCAAAUGUGGUAGAGAGGAAGGAUUGAUGUGAACGUUUAAUGAAAAAGGUCAUAAUCAAAAACUUACAAAAUCCACAGGGAGACAGAGCAGGCCAUAAACACAAGAAUUCAGGAACAGAAAGCCAGUAUGAGAACGUAUGGACACAACAGAGAGCAAGAAGAGGGUUUAAAUACUGUGAGGAUGCAGGAACAAAAGACCUGGGAUGAUUAGUUAACGGGUUACAGGUGUGAGAGAGCAGCCAGCAGACUGGAGAGAGAGAGGAAAUGGUACAGUGGGCAAAGGAGAGUACACAGGAUACUAGAAAUGAAUAUAACACAAAAGAAUACCUAAGGAACAUAAUUAAACACAGAAUAACUGUACCCAUAAGUAAACAUAAUAAACUAAAAUCACUGACAAAAAACUGAAACUGAACUGAAGUAAAAUAGAAAUCAAAAUAGAAAACACAACAAUAAUGGAGCUAGAGAUAAGUAUUAUGUUGCAGCAUAUUAGGGUGCAAAGUCUUAAAUAUGUAGCCAUGCCAUCCUAAAAAUAAGAUAUGGCCAUAUCAAUUAAUCACCUUUCUAAGAAAAAAAUAAGGUUGCGUGUUUUAAUAUCUGUAUGUGUAAAUCUUCUUUCACAUAAUUUUAACACAUGAUGAUGCAGGUCAUUAGAAAUAUUUAACAUAUAAAUUGAAAUAAGACAAACUGAGGGGCUCCUUUGCUGUAGACUGCAAAAAUGCAUAUAUAUUGUUAUUGAGAAUGGAGAUUGUUGAGUCCUUUUGUGUGGGACUGUGUUGUCCUGGGCUUCAUCUACUGGUAGGGUCACUCAUGGUAAAUGGCAAAAACAUAGAGAGAUUUUGGCAAACAUAGUGAUGGUAGACGAAAACAAGUGCUUGUGGACAAAUUUAAACUUAUGAACCCUGACUGUGCUAAGGCCAAGAAGUUAUAAAAUAAGUUUUUAUGGAUACACCACUUGUACAUCAGAAAAUUGAGGUUGGGUGUAAUGAAUUCCAGGAGGAGUUGUCUACAAGUCGUCAGAAGGAAUGUACGGUACAUCUCUUUUUGCAUGGUGACACCUUGGGAUCCCCAGACACUCAUUGGAAUGUCUGGGGAUCAUUCCAAUUGCCCUUAGAAUAAAGUCUUCGAUAAAAUAAGAUGAUCUUCUCAUCUUUCCUGAAGUCAGUUGGUCACACAGAGUAACUGACUUUAUAUUGUGUUACUUUGUUCAGUUUGAGUAUGCUCCUCUUUUAUUACAGGAACUACUGAAGUGUCAAUAGGAAUAAGGACAUGAUAAAUGGCAAAAACUCUAGUUUUGUUUGAUGCUAAAGUUAAAAUAAGUUGUGCUAUAGACAAAAAUAAGUGUGAAUAAUAAAUGAAGAACAGUAUUUGGUCACUGAUCCAAUACUCCUUCUCUGAUCUUGUCAUAUGGAGGUCAGUCGCCUGCUGUAUCCUUCUGAGGUCAUCCUCUGACCAACACAAGCACACAACACAAACAGACCAACUUUCAAUUUGAUAAUUAUGGUAAACCUGAGAAAUUUUGGGUUGGGUAUGAUGAGUCUUACAGAUUUUUAAGCAACACCCACCUGAAGUAAAUUUAGAUAGACUAGGUUUUUUACCUGAAGGUGACCAGUUGCUACAGCAAUUACUCUCUACCACUCUUUCUCGCUCUCUUUCUCUGUGUGUAGCGAUGAUGAGAUAAGACUCCAUUCAGGAGAGCAGAUGAGUAAUGUUACAGAGACCAAACAUUGAGCGCUUUGAUUUUUCCAUUACUCUCUGCUUUGUUAGUAGAGCAUUGCCUUGGACUAGACUGUAAUAUUGAUUACAUCCCCUGCUCUGCUACUGAUCCCGUAUUUUUAGAGUUCAAGGUAAUUUGAAAUCUUCUCAUCCUUUAAGAAUAGAAAAGAGUCCAUCAACCUUCAGUCAUUAUUUGAUAAGCUUGUGAGCACAAGAACAAAGUGUUAAUUUUCCCUCAAUGUGUAGCUUUGGCUUAUUUUUAAGGUAUUUGAAGACAAAAAUCUGUCUAAAAACAUGAAUGAAGUAUCUUCUCUUACUUAGUCACUUUGAAAAUUGGUCAAACACAUCCACUUUGUCAUCCCUCACAAUGUAGGGUACAUGA